AUGUCGGAUGGCUCUGGGUCUUCUGGUCCAAAGCCUGGAGUGGUAGCUCAGAGGGAUGAGAAGGAUAUUAAAUUCAGGGAGCAGUCCGACUCCAAUGCGAAGGUUUUGAGAUAUGUUACGGACUUCCUUAUGAACCAUUCGGGCAAGUGGAUAGGAUUGGACAAGCUCAACCAUAAUCCGAAACUCGUUGGUUUCAUUGGUCAUCUCCUAGUGGGUUUGCCAGGCAUACACCGAACCAUGACAGUUAGAGCUGCUGAUGGCACGGAGAAGGAGAUAGGAUAUCUGGGUACAGAGUGGAUAGCUCAGACGUUCAACAUAAGGGAUUGGGGUGGCAUACCUAUGGUGCCUCGAGAGAUCAUCACUGUCACUAAGGAUCCUGCUGGGGAGGUGUUGGUGAAGUUAACCUCUAAUUGGACUACAACAAGGACAGGGUCUAAGCUCAUAGUGGUAGAGGAGGCCACAAAGGAGGGGCAUGGUGGAAAGGGAGUGGAGGAGGAGGGAAGUCUGCAUGGAAAGGAGGUGGAGGGAGGAAUCGUCAAGUACGGUGUUGGUAUCCCUCCUUUUAUAACUAUGGAGGGUAUUAUGGAUGAAGAGAGCCGAGUGAAGCAUGAGAGCCCAGCUGUGGAUUGGGAUGACGAAACUCCAGUGAAGGAGGGUGAUGGAGCUAGUCUUGAGGCUGAUAGGGAGGAUCCGGAACCCAAGAGGCAGCGAGUGAAGUCACCGAGUACCCAUCGGAAGUCCUCCCCGAAGUCGAGGGGGAAGUCCCCUGAUAGUAGACGGGGUCGCGAUCGUCGGUCCUAUAAUGCCUCUGUGGAGAGGGACAGGAGCAGAAGGAGGAAUAGAGGGUCUGCUUCUAUAGGGCGAGUUAAGGAUGAGGGAGAGAGCUGGCCGGAGGACCCUACGGAUGAUAGGGAGAAUAGGAACAACAGCGUUGAUACCCCAGCAUCAGCUAUGCAGCCAUUGCCGGACUCCUUGAGAGAAGCUAAAGUUAUAGCAGAUGAUCUACAGCUAUUCGAGCUAGGGUCAGAGAGGAAGCAGAGGGACAUGCGGGAUAUGCUUCGGGAGAUGAUACGGGAUAUAUAUCAAAUAUAUCGUCCUGAAAAAAGCUCCCAUGUCCAUUCCCGGUUAUUUCGGAAGUUUUCGGGGAGGGAGGAUCUGCUCUACCUCCUGGUGGCCAAUCGGUAUAUCGGCCGACCCACAUACCACGAGCGGCGUAGACGUAGGAUCAAGUAUAGGCCCCGACAUGAGCCCAAAGCACCGAAGUCGGCAGGGAUUGUAUCGGCAAAUUCCUCCAGGUCCUCGUCACGGACCCCUACUGCUUCACAGCGUAAUGGUGUGGGGAGGGAGGCUAGUGGGUUGGACAUGGGGGCACCGCCUGCUAAGGCCGUUGGAGAAGAGGAGAGUCCUGCCGUUCUACCUCCGGUAUUGCCUUUGAAUAUGCGCGUUACACCCGAAAUCAUCAAGUUCCUCACCAAGACCCGAUCUUGGUUACAGAGAGCAGUAGAGAGUCUAGUUCCGAAGAUAGUGCUGUUCGAUGAAGCUAAUGCCCAUCCUCUGGAUAUCAGAGUAUUGCAUGUUCUCACUAACUGUUGUAUGAUAAAGUUCCGACCAGAGCGGGCACCACACAAGGUCAUUGCCUGCCUGGCUGGAUACGAGCGGUGUAUCCCUACUAACCUGCCACAGGGAACGUCUGUCACCAACAUGAGCAUACCUAAGGUUAACGCCCUUCUAUUGAAGACCAUGAUGCGGGACCCUAUAACGGGUCAGAUCAACAAUGGCGAUCUAGCCUUCCGUGCCGUGUCCAACGAGCCAGCUAGUGAAGAGGAGCUAGAGGCAGCAGCGAUGAAUUGGCAAUCGAUAAGCGGUACCGUUAAUACUAUGAUAGAGGACGUACGACGUUGUGAACGAGCGUUGAAGCUCAUACAUCAACGGCAGGCCCCUCUCUCCAAGGAGUCGGUACGAAGGAUCGUGCUCAAUGGUAUUACACCGAUCUCUCUAUCCAAAGGGGACAAAGGGAGGGUUGAGGCACUGAGGGGGAGGCUAGAAGGACAGUUAGAGGCUACUAAGCAUCUACGAGAGUAUCUCGCUGCGGAGGAUAUAUCCGGGCAGAUAGUAGCGUUGAGAGGCUUGGCUGAGGCAGCUCCAAAUGAUGUUGAAGUGUUCUGGCUACUCCAUCGUCAACUAAGGGGCAUGCCGACUCACCCAUGGAGGAAGCAUCUGGCUCGGACGUGUGAUAACAUGCCAGUAGAAGGGAACGAUGAGGUCAUUAUGGGAUGGUAUAACGAUACCCUGCUCCCAGAGGGCACGGCCGUAGAGUCCUUCCUGGAGUCUACCCCUACCCCUCCUAUCCCAACAAAGGCCAUACAGUUCGUUAGACAGAUCGAGUUGGCUCUAGAGUACAACUUCACGAAGGCCCUUUACAAUGACGAUAUAGGCAUUCGUGCUAAUAGGAUUAUGGAGGUGCUCUUCGGUCGAUAUGCUUUGCGGCUUGGGGAAUCUGUUGGCCCCUCGGGAGAGCAGUCCGACUGGUGCCUCACUACCUUUCGUGCCUAUCUACAGAGUAUCUUGGUCCUCUCUACAAAGUCGGCUAGGAGGCCUGGAGAGUACCUUGGUUCUACUGCUGAGGUCUGCCAAGCCUGCUUGAAGAUUGCACUGUCGACUCAAGCACCUCCUGAUGUGACUACCCAAGCUGCACUGGUCUUAGCACACGGUAUAGAUGAGAUUAGGGAGAAUGAGGAGCUUAUGGACCACGUUUGCACCAUAGGCAGCAACAACAGCAGCUCGGCUCUACACCUACUCAAUGGUGUUGAGGCGUACACCUCUGUCUUGUUGGAUCGGCAUGCAGCACUGGAUACUCCUACCCUACUAUACGCCCUUCAGUCGUUGAUGGUACUAGUCAGUAGAGGCGAUGAAGGUCCGCUCAUGGAGGCGAGGCGUGUUAGGCAGAUGCUGCAAGUUUGUGUCACGCACUGGGAGCACCCUUCCCAUCUGGUACAUCAGCUUUGCGAGCAGCUGUUCGAAAUUGAAUGUCGCAAAGCAGGCGCGUCGGGUCCGGAAAAGCUGAGGAUCGUCCAGGACUCCAUAAGGGAGUUGCCAUUCUGCCGUGCCAAAUGCAAGGGUCUCUCCUUCCUUCUGCCUGUAUCUAGCGACGAUGCUAUGGAGAUGGCCCUGGAUAUGGUACCGGAUCUUCUCGAUACUGUGGCACGAGAGGGGAGCUCCUCUAGUGCGGCAAAACAACUCUUAGAAAGAGUGUGCUCAAUGGUCCCUGAGGGUGCUGCUGUCAAGUUCGAUGUCCAAGAGCGCCUCUUUGGCCCCAUACUGGCCCUCCUUGAUCGGGCUCAUCAAGAUGAGGGCAACGAUCUUAGUCAGGGCCUUGCGGAUACCCUUACCAAUAUACUCUCCAAGGCUCCACCAGGGCUAUUGACUUCGCUUUGGAAUACAGCAUUGUCUAGGGUUUCUGAGGAUGGUGAGGCUGGUACUCGAGGAGGAGGAGGUGACUACUCCAUCCUGGCCCUUGCUGGUCUGUUCCGGAAGUUGGGCCGAGCGGAGUUCACUGAGACGGGUUUAUCGCUGGUAGAACCAAAAUCAAAGAAGAAAAGCCGCAGGCACCAGACCAGCCAGGAAGAAGACCAGGCCUCGAUCGAUGAUGAGAGGAAGGGAGAGCAGUACGGUAGCCUGCCCAUCGAGACAUUGGAGAGGUGGAUGCUGUCAUCCGACAGUGCUAUAGCCAUCUCGGCCUUAAAGUUGAUGUCUACAGUGAAGAGCCCUGCUACUACUCCUAUCACCCCUGCUGAGGUCCGUCUGGUCUACCCCUUGUUCGUGAGGAACGGUCAACAGUUGAAACUCUCCAACCUAGCACUACGCCAACGGGCUACCUCGGCACUGAAGGCCUUCUUACAACGAUUACGCGAUACGUGGGAGAUGAAAUCACAGCAAGAGGAUGGCCCUGCUCUGUCGUCGAAGAGGUAUACCCCAUGGCUCAAGGAGCUCUUCCUGGACUACCUUAUUCCUGUCGCUACCAGACCCGGCUCGCCAUUAGAGAUAGCCUACCCUGCGGCUACAAUAGUCGAGCAUAUUUACAAGCUUUUUGGAAGCCUACCUGUAUCGCUCAACACGGGGAAGGUCUACUCAGGCUGUUCUAUUGCGAAGGAGUUGGGCUUCUACGACUCAGAGGCGAGACUGGUUAUACUAGCCUUGCUACAAGCCCUGGGUGCAGCAUGGAGUAAGCAGCGUACAGCAGUGGUGGAGGCCCUACAGGCAGUACCGUCUGAGGUCGUUCUCCAAGUGGCGCCCCAGAUAGAACGUCGUAUUGCCGAGCUCGCCAAGAAGAGCAAACAUGUCGUUCGAGUACGCUGGACUAGUGAGGCCGCUGCCCUAGCGGCCCUCUAUAGCCAAGCUUUGAGGGGAGAGGCUAGGGUAGCCUAUGUGGAGGGUAUAAUGAGGACGGUUAGGGUGGAGUUCAGAGAGAGCCUUGGCAAGGGUUUGGACGCCCUUAGGGGCCUGCAUCUCCAUCUAGCCUGCCUUGCCGCUGCCCUCCCUACCAUACGUGGCAUGCCGACUAUGGAAGGCUCCUCACUACAGUCUGUUACUUCCAUUGAGAUACUGCUGUCUGUCUGCGUCAGCGUGCUUGGUGCCAUCAGUGAGGGCGUGGACGAUGUCCUGGUGUCUUCCAACCUACUCACAGCAGCAGGACUGGACCACGCGGCUGGGCGUCCUAAGACUAAUGUGGACUGCCGUGGUCACCUGAUAGUAUCAGGAGGGGAGAGUGUGGAGUCUGACGAGAUUGCCAUGGAUACCUCAGAUGACGUGAGCAUGGAUAUCGAUGAUGAUACCUCGACGACUACUUCCGCCUGGACUACCAUCAAGGAGAGUGUAUCUGCUCUGGAGGCUAUCGUGGAGAAUCUUAGCUCGAUGGAGAGCAUUGCAACGCCUCUCACAGAGACCACUGCGUCCUUGGUAACUCUGGCGAGCUCUUCUUCGGUAGAGGUAUGGGAUAAGGUCGGGUGCAUGCUGCUGUUGUUCCUCCUAUCGACCAAGCACCCAGGGGCUAACACCCGACUCUACCGAUGCUUAGCGGAGGUCACAAGACGUCUACUACUCGCUGAAGACCCUCGACUACAGGAGUUGCCUCAUAAAUGGCUUCAAGACUUGCAUAGCCUCCUGGAAGACCAUGUGGCUGUACAGGAAGAUUCGGAGGAGCGUUCGAGGCUGCGAAUGGUCUUGCCGCCAGCCCUACGACGUUCUUUCGGUCUCGGUCUGUGCUUCGUUGGGAUCCUCGAGGGCUCAGCAAGCCACUUGAGACUGAGUGGAGGAGGAUACACCUCCUGCCAGCUGCUCUUGGACACCAUAGCCCGCCUCCAAGGAGUAUUCGAGGGCCCCUCGACUGACGAUGUAACAUCCUGCGUACAUGCCCUCAAUGUCCUGCGUGCUAUAGUCAGAGAUGCCCACUUGGCAGGAUACAUCCCUGAGAGUGUCAUGAACUCAAUAUUGCUGCUGGCGGUGAAGACCCUGUCUCAACGAGGGGAGGAGACCUGGCCCAUACGCAGUGCUGGGACUUUGCUCUUCGUCCAUGCCUCGAGAAGGGUCCUUGGUAAUGACUCAGAGCAUACUGUUGCGAGUGGCCAUAAGCAGACAGGACGGUCUACUACCUUCAUGGAACUAUGUCGCAGACAGCCCCAACUGGUCGAUGCUAUCACUGAUCUACUUAAAGGGGAUACAGGCGAUGGUUCUACUGUUAUGCCAGCUCUGCUCUUUGUAUGCAAGUUGAAGUUGGGUAAUGAGGAAGCCUUUGCUGAAGAACAGCAUAAGAAGUUACUGGGGACUGUAUGGGAACUGGCGAGAUCUCCUAUCUGCCAUGUGCGCAAGCUUGCCAGUGUUGCUUUAGUGAACUUGAAUGCUAUUGGAGGGAUUAUGGAUGCCCUUCGACUGGAACCUCACUCGGCUAAUGAGAUGCAUGCAAAGCUCGAGAUGAUAAGGUUCCUGGUCAACACUGGUCAGGCCAGCGACCUCCGUGUCGAGCACCUGCAAGUCCUCCUGGCCGAGACUUCUGCAUGCCCUCCCUUGAAUACUAUAGUCCUGGACAUUGCCCGGCUUUGCAAUUUCAAGUUCGCUGUGGGCAAGUGUGAUGCUGGUGACGGCUUCCUGGGCAUACAGCGUGCACGGGUUGCUGCUGCAGUGUCCACUGAUACUGUUGAGAGUUCCCACCAUCCUCAAGUCCUCCAAGCACUCAUAGAAAACAAUCACGCAUCAGAGGGCCUCAUAGCGGAGGCCUUAUCUAAGGACAUCUCUAAUGAGCCGGAGUACCGAGGGGCUGUGUUGGUCGCCCUCACAGCGGCCAAGGCCGAGCUGCUCACAGGGGACGUGGUGGAGCGUCUUCAUGACUUGUUUUAUCCCAAUGACGUAGAUGGCGUAUUAGCCCUCGCCCGAAGCCGAGCUCAGUCACCUCAUCGAGAGGCUUGGCUGGAACUAUGCUCUCGUUCCUCACAGCCAGCAGAGGUUCGAGUAGCAGUCAGCCCUCUAGUGCCUGAUACCAUCGCAGUAACGAUGGUGCAGGAUGAGUGCGAGGAAGUUCGGUGUAUUGUAUGCAAGAAUCUAGGAGGCCUCGCGCCCCUCCCAACUCUGUAUCAGAGGUAUACUGCUAAGCCAUUGAGAGUGCCAACAGUAGCUGAGGUAACUGCUCUAGUGUCGGACCGAGCAGCACCUCGAUCGUUCGAUAAAGAAGAGCCCAACACCUACCAAGAGGAGCUACUCUCCACACAGUUGGUCCUCAAGAGCAACGCGAUGGCUUCUCAGCCGCUUGAGGACAUCCAAGCAGCCCUCAGCGCCCUCGUAGACGGCCUCGAGGACUUUGGUUGGAGCUUGACUUGCGAUGAGUUCGUGUUUGAAUCAGCAUUCGCCCUGCUAGGGGCAGCUAAGGGAGCCUUCCCCGAACUAAAGCUGGAUCUACCCUCGGGUCUCAAUGCCUGUUCCUAUGUCCCUCUACCGCUGUAUACUGUCCAACUAGUUGCAGGCAGUCGAGAGCCAAUCGCUCGAAAGGAUGCGGCAGAGCCCUUGAGCCGUAUCAAGCCACCUCCUGCUCUUGGUCGUGGAGGAGGACCAACCACAAUAUCAACUGCCAAGGUCCCUGCUCGGCGUAGUACUAGUACUGUGUCGACUCCACAGGCUUUAGCGUUGGAUACAGCCAUACAUGAGGCUGUCAAGAUGAAGACCGAUAUGGUCGAAGUAAACUGCCAAGCGAUGAUUCGAGCAGUUUGUAAAUACGCUUACGGUGUUAAGGACGGAGCUGAAGUGAAGGCCGAGACCUUGGCAGAAGCCCUACGGUCUAUAGAGACGUAUCGGCUUAAGGAUGUUGAUGUGCCUAGGGCUCAUCAUACAGUCACUGUCCCGCAGACGUUGGAGUACAUUAAUAAGGAGGCUACGAGAGAGGAGAAAGAGGCAGAGGAACGGUUGAAUGGGCUGUUGGGUGAUGGCAAAUUGGAUGCUCGAUUGAAAGAGGCUAGGGCUUCUCGCAAACGGAAACUGGACCAGGAUGCUACAGCUGCUAUCAUCAACAAGAAAAGGGAUCGGACUGAUCUUGAGACGUCUAUAGCUACCGCUGAGGCUAACUUGGAGGCUAUGAGGAAGCGGAGGGCGGCAUUGGACUCUGUAUUAGAAUGGCGGAAACAGAGGGUUGCUACGAUACUAGAGGCAGCUAAGGAACUCAAACAUGGUCCAUUAAAGGAGAAGGAGAUGGACCAUACAAAGGCCUCGAGUCUUGAAGGAGGUGACAUUACUAUGAAGAAUGCUCCCGAUCAGCCCUGA